AAUCAAUAGCUACACCAGAAACCUACUCCUGCAUAUAGCAAUGGAACCCAGAAAAAGUUUCAUUGUCAUUCUUAUUCUUCAAGUUUUUUUCACAUUCAAUUCACCUGUUAAAUCAGCCCCAGCAAACUCAAAUCUCUUCAGAGAAUACAUAGGAGCUGAAUUCAACAACAUCCGAUUCACAGAUGUACCGAUAAACCCUAAUUGCAAAUUUCAUUUCAUCCUCUCCUUCGCCAUAGACUAUGACACCUCGAGCUCACCAUCUCCAACAAAUGGCAAAUUCAACAUCUUCUGGGACUCGGACAACCUCAGCCCAUCUCAGGUUUCGUCAAUCAAAAGCCAAAACUCGAAUGUCAAAGUGGCCUUGAGCCUCGGAGGAGAUAGCGUGGCUGGUGGCUCCGCCUACUUCAGCCCUUCCUCCACCGAUUCAUGGGUGUCAAAUGCAGUUUCUUCACUGACAAGAAUCAUUAAUAACUACAACCUUGAUGGAAUUGAUAUUGAUUACGAACACUUCGAUGCAGAUCCUGAAACUUUUGCAGACUGCAUAGGACAACUCAUAUCAACCCUAAAGAGCAAUGGAGUGAUCCAAUUUGCCUCAAUUGCUCCAUUUGAUGAUGACCAAGUACAAAGUCAUUACUUGGCCUUGUGGAAAAAAUACAGUCACCUUAUUGACUAUGUAAAUUUCCAGUUUUACGCUUAUGAUAAGAGCACGACGGUGGAUCAAUUUAUGGAUUACUUCACAACUCAGAGCUCGAAUUAUCAUGGAGGUAAAGUUUUGGUGAGCUUUAUUAGCGAUGGCAGCGGAGGAUUGUCGCCGGAAAAUGGUUUUUUCACUGCCUGCAAUAGGCUCAAGAGUAGAAAAGAACUCCAUGGCAUCUUUGUUUGGUCUGCAGAUGAUUCAAUGUCAAAGGGUUUUUCUUAUGAGAAGAAAUCCCAAGCCCUACUUGCAAUCUUCCAUUAGUCUUAUUUACCCAGUAUAGAUCGUUGCAUAUAUACUAUAAUCAGAGGCUUGUCCUAUUGCAUAUAUAUAUAUAUGUGUGUAUAUAUACAUAGACAGACACACCCACAUAGCACUAUGUAUGUCCAUUGUGUAUUGAU